GUGUGAGAGUGAGCUGAAGGCUAGUGGCUGCCAGUUGGCUCUGGAGGAGGACGAGGGCUUCAGUGACUGGACCCAGAGGUUGGAGAAACGCAGACAGCGCCACCUGGAGGAACAGGAGUCCUCGGAGGACCAUCAGCCCCAGCAGCAGCAGAAUCAGCCCCAGCAGCAUCACCCCCAGCAGCAUCACCCCCAGCAGCAUCACCCCCAGCAGCAGCUUCAACCCCAGCAGCAUCACCCCCAGCAGCAGCAGAAUCAGCCCCAGCAGCAUCAACCCAAGCAGCAGCAGCAGCCCCAGCUGCUCAGGCUAAACAGAGCCUCCCCAAUCAGGCCCUGCUUGAAGACACGUCCUGGACCUGGGCCCGAGGAGAGGGAGGAGAAGGAUGUAGAGUGGGAACGAAGAGCCAGCAACAAGACACAAGACACUUCAAGAAGAGUAACAGAUGACAAGGUCGUGGAGAAGAAGAAAUCUGAGCUGAAGAUCUCCUACACCUCUAAAGUCAUGAGACACGUCAACAGUAACGGGGAAGCAGCUGGAGCGGAAGUGACCUCAUACCUCGUUGCAGGGAAACUGUCUCCAAGUCGUAGUGGCAGCUUGGGAGGGCAGAGACCGGAGGAGGUGGAUGGAGAGGUUCCCGGGGGGCAGCUGGAGACAGAGAAGACACCAGGCCAGGGACAGAGCACCCUGGAACAGCUGAGACAGAGACAGCAGGAGGACCAGGAGGAGAUGGAGGAGUUGAACCGCAGGAGAGAGGAGAAACGCAGAGCCAGGGAGGAGGAGGAGCACCAGAGAGAGAAAGAGGAGCAGCACAGACAGGAGCAGGAGGAGGAGGAGAGGAAGAGGGUGAAAGACGGGAUAGAGAGUAGGAGGAUGGCGGCUUCAGAGAGAAGGAUGAAGAACCUCAGUAUUUCCAGCAUUGAGGGAGACGAGUCCUUCAGUCCCUUCAGUCCCAUGAGCCCCACCUUCAAGAAUGACACCGAGGAGAGGAUGAUGUCUGAGAACACCGGCACGAUCAACGAGAGGACUGAGUCUCUGAACCGCUCUCUGCAGAAAAGCAACAGCAUCAAGAAGACCCAGCCUCCCAUCCCCAUCUCCAAGAUCGACAACAGGCUGGAACAGUACACUCAUGCCAUAGAGACGUCCUCUAUGGAAGCCAAAGCAGCCAGGCAGCAGGCUCUGGCGGACCUGCCCAGCCCCACUGAGCCUGUGGCCUCCAAGAAGAAUCUGUUUGAGGCCGGGGAAGCUUGGAGCCAGCCGCCCAGGGAAACACCUUCCAAGGAUACAGAGGGUCUGAAUGUAGGCGUGGCCGACCUCAUCCACCAAUGGGUGAAAGGGAACCCAGACGGAAGCUGCAAAAGCCUCUCCAAGCCAGCAGAGGUGAAGGCCGGUGAUGUUCUGAGCAAGAAGAACCUCUGGGAGAAUCUAGGAGACUCUUCCCCGUCUGGGAGAGCAGGGAAGGGAGCUUCCUCUGGUAAAAAGUACAAAUUUGUGAUGAUGGCUCACGGCAAGUAUGAGAAGGUUGCCGUCGGUGAUGAUGAUUACAACGAGCACACAAACGGGAAAUCAA